AUGGUGUUAUAUAAAAGAAAACAAGUGCAAAUAGUUACACCAAAGGAAAUACCUCAAGAUUUGAAUACUGAAGUAUAUUUCAUUCCUCAAACGAAAGAAUGGUUUGUGGACUAUGAAGAUUAUCUCGAUAGAAUGGAUUAUUACCUUGAACAGAAAUUCGUUUGUGAAAUCACUGGUAAUUCAUGUUUAACAUUUUUUGAAGCAUUAAAGAGUGAAAUCAAAGAGAUAAAGGAUGUAGAGAAUAAUUUCCCUGAAGCUUUGAAAGUACAUAUCUUGAGAUUCAUUCAAUUUAGUAAGAUUAGUAGAUUGGAUAUGUUAGUUGAUCAUGUUUAUCUGAAAUUUAAGAAUAAUUAUUUCCCGGGAGAAUCAGUAUUAUUGAAAGGUAUAGAGAAUGAAAUACCUUUAGGUGAAUUACAAACUAUCAAACAACGAGGAGUUGUUCGGGAAAAAGUAGAAAUGGCUGAUAAAGAAACCCAAUAUUUAGUUGUUAGAGAAACUGAUGGUAGACAAGGUAUUAUUACUAGUGAUAAGAUUUCACGAGACAGAAAUUAUUUCACCAAGUAUCUUGUUAAAACGUUCAUCAAGUUAACUAUGACCAGAUCAAAUAAAUUAGGGGCUCCAUGGGUUUUAAAGGAUAAAUAUGCUGCUAAAUAUAAUAUCUCACAAGAAUAUCCACCAGAUUUGAAACAAUUCAAAUCUUCUACCAAUACUACCAAUGAAUCAGACCCAACAUCAAUCCGUCAUUUCCUUACCAAUGAACCUAUCUUAAGUGUUAAAGAAGAAUCAAUACCUGUACCACAAAACAAUCAACCUUUCAAUUACAGUGUUAUUCCUUCGAUGCCAACUUUUAACCAAGGUAUUAUGCCAAUGAACAAUAGCUUACAGUUACCUGUACCUUUGCAAGUAUCUAUGAACAAUGAAGGGGUAUACAAUCCUUUACCAACAGUCGAUAGUAGAAUUCAAGAUAUUUAUAGAUCCACUCCAGUGUAUGGUGAUGCUAUUGAAACCAAUUAUAAUUCCAUCGAAAGAAUAUCCACUCCUGAGAAGAUAGCUUAUCAUAGGAAUCAAAAGAAAUUGAAUCCUCAUUAUUUACCUUUCCCAUUAAGGAAAAGAGCUAAUUAUCCUGAAGAAUCAGUUGAUGCUGAUAAACCAAGUGCCAGUACAGUUUUAUCAAGUGCUGGGAUUUCUUAUGCUAAAAGAAAUAUGGACAGUGAUUUGAAUAUCAAAUUUGACCUUCAAACUUCUAGACCUUUGGGUAAAAAAUUGAAAUUACCUGAUAAUGCUUCAAGAAUGAAUAAAAAAUUAUUAAAAUUAAUUAAUCUUAAAACCUACCAACCUCAAGAAAACAUUAAAGAAGAAGAUAUAGAUGCAGUUUCAGUGAAUUCAGUAUCAAGUGAUAGUGAAGAUGAAGCUCCUUCUGAGAAACCAGAAGAUGUCGAUGAACCAAGUUCAGAAAUUGAUGAACCUUCUUUAACUGAGGAUCUUUUGAAUGUUAAUAAAUCCAACUUGAUUCCUAAACAUCUUAUUAACGUGGGAGAGGCAUUAGAAUGUUGGAUUUUCAUUAACAUUUAUCAUAAUGUGUUGAAAAUUGAUACUUUUACAUUUGAUGAUUUCUUAUAUGCCAUGGGAUGGAAUUCUUCUCAAUAUGAUGAACAUGGUAGAUGUGAAUUACUUGAUGAAAUUUGGUGUAGUUUAUUAGGAGCUAUGGUUUCCAAUGAAAUUCCAAAGAAUAGUGAAUCGAAGAAUGGUGACAUUUUUGGACUUCAAAUCAAGAUUCCUUCCAAAGUUUCUUUUUUAAACCCUAAAUUGGAUGACGAACUAGUCGAUGGUUCAGAUAGUGAAGAUGAAGGAUUGAAGACAUUGGCCAGUGAAGAUGAAAGUGAAUCUGACACCGAAUCCACUAAACCCAAAACCAAACCUGAAACUAAUGGGGAGAAAUCCUCUGAAGUAGAAGAUGAAGGUGAAGAAGCCGAUGAUGAAGAUGGUGAUGUGGAGGUGAUAAAAGAUGAGGAUGAAGAUGAACAGGAAGAUAGAGAACAUAAUGCUUAUCAAAUAAUGGAUCAUCGUGGUGUACCAUGGCAUGAUAGAUUACGUAAACGUAAUUUUAGAGAUGGAAAUUGGCAAACAAUUUUAUUAGGAGUUUUAUCAUUAGUUGAACAUCUUGAUGAAUUCAAAUCAACUGUUGAACAAACUUACAAAUUGUUAGCUCCACGUGAUGAACCAGCUACUGCUACUACCGCAUUGAAUCAAUUCUAUUCCAAAAUUGAUAUCAAUUUAAGAUUUUCUAUUCUUGUGAUUUUGUGUAGAUUAUUAGGAACAAGUGAUAUGAUAAGAGAUUAUAUUGAUUUGGGGAUCAAUGAAUCAAGUAAAUUAAGAAAGGAUAGAUUGGAAGUGAUGAAAUUAGAAAGAUUAGAAGCUGAAAAGGCUCAACAAAUCCAUGAUUCCAUCAUCAAAAUCUUAUUUACAGCCCUUCGAAUUCAACCUGAUGCUGAAGAAUAUAUGAGAAAGAAGAUGAAAUUGAAUUUCCUGUCAAAUCAAACCACCCAGGAUGAACGUCAAGUAGCGGAAAGUAAUCUCGAACUUCAAGACUAUCUUGUAAAGAGAGAAGACUCCAUAAUUGAAUAUAAUAAACAUAAAAUGAAUAGAAGAGAAAUUGAGAAGAAAUUGGCGGAAUUCGAUUGUCAAAGACUUCGUUGUCUUGGUAAGGAUAGAUUGUAUAAUAGAUAUUGGUGGUUUGAAAAUAAUGGUGUUCCUACAGUUCAUGGAAAUGCUGAAGAUGAUGAUAAUGAUGAAGAUAAUCAUGAUACUGCAGAUUCUGAUGAUGAGCCACUCGAAGAAACAUAUCUUAUGGGAAAAUUAUGGAUUCAAGGGCCUGCAAUUGAAGAUAUUCAACAGAAUUUGAAAUGUGAAGAGUUCAAAGAUUACACAAAUGAUUCCAAUGUCAAAGGAAUCGAUAAAAUUCCAUCAAUGGAAUUUCCAAGAAUCAAACAAUUAGAUUUUUCAAACUUCCCUAAGGAUUUCAAUAAAUUAAUCAACCAAAAAUUUCAAAUUGAUUUCAAGAAGAAUGAAGUUACCAAAGUCAUUGACGGUCAAGAAGUUACUAUUAUCAAUAGAUUUGGAGAAUUAAUGAGUGACGAUUUAGUUCCAAAAUUAUCCCCUAUUGAACGUAAGUUCCUCGAAGAAAGUCCCGACCCUUUAUUAAAUGGUAACAAUUGGAGAUAUUUUGAUCAAAAAGAGGAUAUAGAAGCUAUAAUAAGGUGGUUGAAUCCUUACGGUACUCGAGAAUCACAAUUGAAGAAAUCUUUAAUUGCUACUAAAGACGCUAUUAUCAAUAGUAUAGAAUCUAGAAAUAAGACGUUAGCUAACAAAGAAAGAAUCUUAGAAGGUGAAAAAAUCGUGCAAAAAAUCCAACAAAUCGAUGAAAAGCUCAACAGUGCUCAAUCCAUAGAUAUUGAUGGUGAAGAUGAAGAUGAAGACGAUGAUGAUGUGGUGGAAAUCAAGAAUGGUAGAAAGAGAAAUUUGAGAAACAAAAACUCCUCCAAUAAACGUAGUAACAAUAAGAAAGAUUUCGAAGAGACUUUGAGUCAUGGGAACCAUGAAGAGUUAAUGGAUUUCAAAUCAGAUUUACAAGAAAAGUUACUGGAAUUAUCAAGACCUUUAGAAUUCAUCAGAGUUAGUGAAUGGGUGAAUAGUCAAGCUACCAAUGAAUUUGGUAAGAGUUUAUAUGAUGGUGGAGAUAAGUUGAAAGAAAAGAAAAGAAGACUUUAA